AUGCCCAUGCCACGAGCGGCUGCCCUUUGGUUGGUGAUCCUGGUGCCGCGGCUACUGGCCGAGAACCCCACCGAGUGCGGCGUCAGGCGGGCGGACAGCGGGGGAAGAGCCUGUCCGCCCGGGUUGGCCAAAACCCCUCAAGGGAGUGCGUGGCCAUGGCAGGUCAGACUGGAGCUGGCGACAGAGAACGAGCACUUCUGCAGCGGGGCGGUCAUCAGCGAGUACUGGGUGAUCACGGCAGCCCACUGCUUCAUCCCGCCCGUGCCGCAGAACCUGCGUGAGAUCGUGGUGGUGACCGGGCUCAAUGACCAGAUGAGACCCGAGCAAUGGGCGCGCUACACCAAACCGCACGACAUCAUCAUGCACGAAGAGUUCAACGAGCAGACAGGCGAGAACGAUAUCGCCCUGGUCAGGAUGGGAGAGCGCAUCGCCUUCGACGAACACGUAAAGCCCGUCUGCUUCCCCGACAGGGACAUCUUCUUUAACAACCGCUGGUCCGCUUGCUACAUUACGGGGUGGAUGAAGUCCGGGGAGGAGACCUCCGACUUACUCCAGGAAGUGCCUGUCGCCUUCGUCUCCUUCAAAGACUGCAACGACACCAUCUUCAGCGGCAAGCUCCAGCCCUCCAUGAUGUGCAUGGACUUCAAGGACCAAGAGCUUGCCUGUCUCCUCGAGUCCGGCGGUCCGGUGGUUUGCAAAGCUUGGAACCGACAGCAGUUUUUCCAGAUCGGGCUAGUGAGCUGGGUGAACGAUUGUUCCCAGCGCUGGCCCGGAGUCUUCACCAUGACCAUGUCGUAUCUGAACUGGAUUGAACAAGUCACUGCCCGUUAUGGGAAGAUGUUUGACUUCAGGAAGUACGGAGUGAAUAAUGCUGCCAGGCAGAAGAGAAUGAGGUUCAAAAACAGAAACAGAGGGGUUGUGAUAGUCCAGCCUCUGAAGAACCACACAACGGUCUACAGACCCUGCCUUCCUCCAUCCGUGUCAAUCACAGGUAUAGCGACCACGGUCACCUUUGCCGAGGCAGCGUCCGGGAGCGUCCGCUGCUCCUCUGUAAUUGGGAUGACAAUUGCCCACAUCCGCUCAUUCAUGCUCACUAUGCUGGCGACGUGA